AUGACUGAGCGUCGUGAUAACGUUUCCCACGCACCUGAUGCCAUCGAGGGCCCAAACGAUGGUGCUCACGCCGAGGACACAUCACCGGGUUUCUUCUCAUUCGAGAAUCUUGGUGUGGCGCAAGUACAAGUCGUCGGAGGAACUCUGAACGGAUAUGUUAUUGGGUAUGUUGCUGUGUAUUUGCUGCUGUACCUGACGGCAACUGAGUGCAAAUUUACUACGGAGGUUGCAUGUGGCGGAGCUAAGAUAUAUGGGUGCAAAUGGAGCGGCACGACAUGCAAAUUCGAGAAUCCCAAAUGUAGUGAAGGCUCCGAUCCUUCCGAUUCUUGCAAAAACGAGGUGGCCUACACGUCUGUUUACAGCGGUAUCUUUGCCUGCGCCAUGAUCGUUGGUUCAAUGGUUGGGUCGAUUAUAGCCGGGAAGUGCAUCACUACGUUUGGACUGAAGAAAUCAUUUAUCAUUGUCUCAAUCACUUGUACUAUAGCUUGUGUUGUGGUGCAGGUAGCGAUUGAGUACAAUAAUUACUACGCACUGUGCACUGGACGAGUGCUCAUAGGUCUCGGCGUUGGUAUUUUAUGCUCUGUUUGCCCCAUGUAUGUGAAUGAGAACGCACAUCCCAAACUCUGCAAGAUGGACGGUGUGUUGUUUCAGGUGUUCACAACACUUGGCAUUAUGCUUGCCGCGAUGCUGGGUCUGAUUUUGGACAAAACAGGAGCUAGUAAAGAAGAGGCAAACAUGGCUGGGCGGUUACACGUUUUUUCAGCGGUACCGCUUGGAUUGUCCGUCGCCAUGUUCCUAGUGGGCAUGUUCCUCCGCGAAAGCACUGCAACAUUUUCCCAAGACGAUGAUGGUAAGGCUGAUGGCGGAAUGGACCCCAACGAGUAUGGCUGGGGGCAGAUGUUGUGGCCACUGUUCAUGGGCGCUGUAACCGCUGGUACGCUGCAGCUGACUGGGAUCAACGCGGUAAUGAACUAUGCGCCGAAGAUUACAGAGAACCUCGGAAUGGAUCCAUCACUUGGCAACUUUCUGGUUAUGGCAUGGAAUUUUGUGACAUCCCUUGUGGCUAUUCCACUUGCGUCACGCUUUACGAUGCGUCAAAUGUUUAUCACCUGUUCCUUUGUUGCGUCAUGUAUGUGCUUGUUCCUAUGUGGAAUCCCAGUGUUCCCCGGUGUUGCUGAAGAAAAGGUGAAGAAUGGUGUGGCAACUACUGGUAUCGCCCUGUUCAUAGCUGCAUUUGAGUUUGGUGUUGGGUCGUGCUUCUUCGUGCUUGCACAGGACCUUUUCCCACCAUCAUUCCGACCUAAGGGCUCUUCGUUUGUUGUCAUGAUGCAGUUUAUCUUUAACAUCCUUAUUAACCUAUUGUAUCCCAUUACAACCGAAGCUAUAUCUGGUGGGCCAACCGGCGACCAGGAUAAGGGACAGGCCGUUGUAUUCAUACUGUUUGGUUUAAUUGGCUUGAUUUGUUUCGUUCUGCAGUUCUUUUACUUGUAUCCAUAUGAUGCCAAUCAGGACCAUGAGAAUGACCAUGGCACUGAGCCCGUGGAACGUAUUGCUUCUCCCGUUGAUGUCCCCACGCCGCGGAACUAA